CUUCCCGUUCGGACUCAAACAUACUAGUUGUGACCAUUUCCCAAAUCUGUCGUCAAUUGCGCCAACCGUAUCGCCGUGCUCCAUCCAUUCUCUCUCUCUCUCUCUCUCUCUCUCUCUCUAACUCACUUUCUCACCGUCGUCUCGACUCGGCGCAAAAGAGCGACCGGUAUGAAAUAGCGCGAUACCGCCGACGCAAUUUCUCGAUUCGACAAUGGCGGUGCGCUCCGAGUCGCAGCAGGCGAUAUUCUCAUCUUACGCGCCUCGAUUGCGCACGUACAACAAUGCCCUCCUUCAGCCCCUCAUCCCCGGCGCCGCCCCUUCCAACCCCCUCGCUCGCACCACUAAGCGGGGUACGACCAUCAUAAACUACGCCGAGGACGGAUACGACGAUUACGACGACGAUGAGGAUGACAACCGCCGCCGCCCUACCGGCCUGCGCAGCCAGCGCCGCGACGACAGCGCGAACAAGGUCGACCCCAGCGAGAAGGUCGGCAAGGACACGUCCGAGCCGGUCGAGGUGCAGGGCAUCUACCGCGACUGGAUGGGCAAGAUGCGGCCUAACAGGUCAGAUGCCCAGAACUACGUCCAGGCCUGUCUUCCUCUCACCCUGAUCCCCAUCCGCAUCGAUCUCGACAUCCCCGCCUUCACGCCCCAGCCCGCACUCCCCGCGCCGGGGCCGGUCGACCUCAACCACCCCUUCUACAAGCCCCAGGAACAGACGGUACCGUACCGUCUGCGCGAUACUUUCCUGUGGAAUCUCCACGAGACCUUGAUCACCACCGACAUGUUUGCCACCCAGCUCGUCCAGGACCUCGACCUGCCCAACCGCGCCUCGACCAUCGCCGAGAUCAGCAAACAAAUACGGACCCAGCUCGAGGAAUACGCUGGCGUCGCCCUCCAUCCUCUGUUUCACACCCGCACGAACCGCGCGAACAAUGCCCAAGAAGCGCCCAAGGCCCCGGCCCGGCCCGGCUCCUCCACACCCGCGCCCAACCAGGCCGCCAGCCGCGCCGACACGCCGAUGGGCGGCAGCACCAUCCCCCCAACCCCAUCCCGACUCGCCGGGGGCACGUCGACUCCGGCCGUCGUCCAUACUAGCCAGGGCGAGGUGACGGCGGCGGCAACUCCAUUGCCUCAGGACAGCGCGACGGCGGCGGACAACGACCCCAGCCCGGACGACACGUACCGCUGCAUUAUCAAUCUUAACAUCAACCUCUCGUCGCAGGUGUACACGGACAAGUUCGAGUGGUCGCUCCUGCACCCGCCGGGCACGGCCGAGAUCUUUGCCAAGCAGACGUGCGCCGACCUGGGGCUGCACGGCGAGUGGGUCCCCGCCAUGACGCACGCCAUCUACGAGGCGGUGCUCAAGCUGAAGAAGGAGGCGUGCGAGGCCGGCGGUCUGGUCGCCGGCUGGGCGGCGGCCGGCGGCGGCGCGGGCGAGUUCCCCAACGACGCGGCCCCCAAGCUGGAGACGCUGAGCAAGGAGGAGAUCGAGAAGCGCGAGGGCGACCGGGAGCGGCAGAUCCGGCGGCUGCGGCGCGAGACGGCGCGCUUCAGCAGCAACACGGGCAUGGCCGGCGGCGUGCCCAUCGGCUUCGCCUUCUCGGGCCUCAUCGAGCAGGAGGAGGAGCAGCGGAUGGGCCGCGGCGAGCGCAACAAGAAGAAGAAGCGCUUCCGCAGCCUGUCGCCCGCCGCCUGGCGGUCCGGAACCCCCGGCGGCCGGGGCACCCCUGCCGGCGGCGCCUCGGGCGAGGGCUACGGCGGCGGCGGAUCCCUGACCGAGGCCGAGAGGUUGAACUGGCGGUGCAGCCACUGUAGGGUGUGGGGUACCAGUGUCUGGGCGGUGAGGGACGGGCCAUUUGGGCCGAGGUCCCUCUGCAACAAUUGCGGGUUCUUGUACGAGCGCGACCGAAAGCUACCCCGCGGGACCAAACUGCUACACGCCGGAGACGCCCGGCCAUUCUAGGUGGGUGGUCAGGGCUCCAAGCCAGAUUCGGCCGCAGCCGCAGCCGCAGCCACAGCCGCUGAGGCGGCAGCAGCAGCAGCAGAUCGGCUUGUAGCAACCCCCCGCAAGUCGCGCCGGUUGGCGCGCGAACCGUCGUUCGGGGCCAGGUAACGCUACGAUGGACUAUGUUGGUGGUGGCUAGAGGGUUCAUACCAAUUUUUUUUAAUCGCUUAGGACUGGCGUCAUGGAAGGAAGGAGGUAAGGAAAGGGAAGGAUGGGAUGGCUGUUGAUAGGCGCUGUGGGCGUCGUGUCUCGAAGAGAUACGUCCCAGGCAUGUCUGGUGUUUGUAUGCUAUAAGUAAACAGGGAGUGGUGGUGUACUUUCUGUAUGGGCGGUCCUGGUGUUGAGACUAGUUGUUGGUUAAGGUCGCCGCGAAUCAAUCCAUGCAGUGGCGAGCCCCCUC